AUGUCGUGGUUGCUUCCCUUGAGUAGAAAGUUAAAACAGUUGAAAUUGCCAAUUACGCGCAAUCUAAGCACUACUAAAAUAUUGACUUCUCAAACUCUUGAUGAUACAUCUACAGGAAAAGUUGGUGGAUUUGCAAAAGCCUUCGAAAAACAAAGCCAUAUUCUUGAGGAAACCAGCGGCCCUCCGCCUACGUUUGCAUCACUACUCCGGAAUUCAAAACUUAUUGAUCUUGGUGACCCAGUAGGAAAAAUUGUUGUGGGAAAAAUAUUUCAUGUUGUAGAAGAUGACUUGUAUAUUGAUUUUGGUUGGAAGUUUCAUUGUGUGUGCAAUCGGCCUUCUACAAGAGCUGAAGAAUAUGUGAGAGGUGCAAGAGUAAGAUUACAAAUUAAAGACCUUGAAUUGUCAUCUAGAUUUCUUGGCUCUAGUACUGAUCUGACUCUGCUAGAAGCGGAUUGUAAGUUACUAGGUAUUGUAUCAAGUCCUAUUAAACCUAGUGAAAGGAGUAAUUAG